AUGGCUCCAAAAAAGGAAAGCGAUGGCCUCAGCGCAUUCGAGCGCCGCCGUUUGGAGAACAUUGCUGCAAACAAAGCUCUGCUGUCCGAAAUCUCUGUUACAGCGAAAAAUAUUAUACCAGACAAACCUGUGUCCAAACCAUCAGCCCCGCGCAAGAGGACGAGGGCCGAGCCAGUGCUCAGAGAGCCUCGGCGUGGCACCCGCAUGAGCUCCCGACUUGCCGGGGUGUCUGCAGACGAUGAUGUGUUGAAGAGGAAACUAGAGGUGGAGGUAGAGCAUCAAGCUGCUGAAAGCAAGGCAAAGAGACUUCGCAGCGGCGAUGAUAUGAACUUGGGCGAUAUUGUCGUCGACGGCAGAAAGUACACGAGCAGUAUGGAUGGAUUAAAGGGCAUCUUUCGCGGAGCGCAGCCCGGUGUGCGAACAUUUUCAGACUACGAUAUAAAAGAGACUACCGAUGUCAGCCUGAAGGAACUACGAUCACAAAUGAGCGGCCUGAGGCUGUAUGAGCAUUGGAUACCCAAUGCUAUCAAAAUCACACCGCAAAGAGUAUACGCACUGGGCUUCCAUCCGACCGAAGACAAACCCAUUGUGUUUGCCGGAGACAAAGAAGGCGCGAUGGGAGUCUUUGACGGUUCACAAACGGCCCCCGAGGUAGACGACGAUGACGAGAGUAUCCCAGAUCCCGUCAUAUCGGCAUUCAAAGUUCACGCGAGAACCAUUACCUCGUUUGCAUUUUCGCAAGCAGACGCAAAUUCCAUAUACUCGUCCUCUUAUGAUUCUUCAAUACGGAAACUUGAUCUGGAAAAAGGCACCUCUAUCCAAGUCUUUGCUCCCGAAAACCAAUACGAGGAUUUACCGAUUUCGGCACUGGAAAUUCCUGCGGCUGAACCAAACAUGUUGUAUUUCUCAACACUGGAUGGCUCUGUUGGCCGAUACGACACCAGAGUACCCGGUAGCCUGGAAUUAUGGACGCUCUCCGAUCAAAAAAUUGGAGGAUUCUCGAUGCAUCCUCUUCAUUCGUAUCUUUUAGUGACCGCAUCUUUGGAUAGAACCAUGAAGGUAUGGGACUUGAGGAAAAUGAAUGGUAAGGGGGAUUUGAAACAUCCUUCUUUGCUCGGAGAGCAUGAAUCACGCUUGUCAGUCUCGCAUGCUUCAUGGAGUGCCGGCGGGCACAUCGCCACCUCAUCGUACGAUGAUACAGUCAAAAUCUACGACUGUUCCGGGGCUUCGAAAUGGAAGCCAGGUCAAAGCAUCGACAUGAAACCCGCACACACUGUCAAGCAUAACAAUCAGACAGGUAGAUGGGUAACCAUCUUGAAGCCACAGUGGCAAAAAAACCCAGAAGACGGUAUCCAGAAAUUCACUAUCGGUAAUAUGAACCGAUUUGUCGAUGUUUACGCUUCCGACGGAAGCCAGUUGGCUCAGCUCGGGGGCGAUGGCAUCUCUGCUGUCCCAGCCGUGGCUCACUUUCACCCAAGCAAAAAUUGGGUAGCAGGAGGCACCGCCAGCGGCAAGCUUUGUUUAUGGCAGUAA